AUCGCGUUUAUACGCUGCAAGACACGAUUCCGACCCCAACCCUACGAACUUUCCGGCAUCGAAAAUGGUCAAGAUUUACAAGGGAGGCAAAGUUGCCGUUGUUCUUUCGGGUCGACAUGCAGGCAAAAAAGUUGUAGUCAUCAAGCAAUCUGACGAGGGAACAAAAGAUCGACCUUAUCCUCACUGCAUUGUUGCUGGUAUCGAGAGAUACCCCCUCAAAGUCACUCGAGGUAUGGGUGCCAAGAAGCUUGCUAAACGAUCGAAAGUUAAACCCUUCAUCCGGGCUGUCAACUACAACCACUUGAUGCCAACCCGAUAUGCUUUGGAGUUAGAGGGAUUGAAGGGUAUUGUUACUUACGAAACAUUCAAGGAGCCCUCACAGCGGGAAGAAGCAAAGAAGGCCAUCAAGAAGAUGUUUGAGGAGAGGUACCAAGCAGGCAAAAACCGAUGGUUUUUCACCCCUCUUCGGUUCUGAAAUGUAUGCUAUUCAAUGCUCCCAACUAUGCUUUUAAUCUGCUUGCGUGUCUUGGAAAGCCCCUUGAGGGUCGAUCCUGUCGAGCGUUUUCGUACCAUGUUUGAUGACCUGAUUUCUCGGCGACCCAUUGAGCUCCAAUUAUUUCAGUAGCUUUGUGAUGGACCAAAGCUUUGAAUGUCGCACCUAUGCCUUCAUUCAUUCCAAUAGCCCUUGCUUUCUCGACUACAUCUGAAGCUUGGGUAUAAGAGAAAAAGAAUCCCUAGCUAUCCGCUUCCUAUACUAUUUACUACAUCAUGCAAAAGAUAGUUGCUACUGAAUGCUUUCAUUUAU